AUGUAUCCGAUAAUGAUAACGACUGUGGUGGGCUGGUUCUUGUCGCCCAUCAUCACCUUGCUCCUGCCCAAGAUCCUUGUCUUCCUGGGCUUCGACGCGUCCAACAAACUGCAAGAUCUGGACAUCCACAUCAUCCCGGAGCUGAAGAAGACGAUGCAGACCGUCGAUCAAGAGAGGAUGAUGCAGAGAGGAAAGAGAGUGAAAACCGAUUUGGAUGCGCUGGACAAGAUGGCCGCCAUGCUGAGGCACGCUCUGGAGGAUGCCGAAGACAGCUUCGACGAUGCUCAGCAGAAGAUCGUCCUCAGAUGUUGCCACCGAGUCUAUGGUGCUUUCACCGCUUACACUGCCCUCUGCAAAUGCUGCUACGUCUGGAUUGCACGCGUCGUCCGGACAAAAUCAGCUCGGCUACUGCAGUGGGUGCGAGACAGCUCCUUGUUUUUGUGUAGGUCAGAGGAAUCUGUUGGGGCGAAUGUCAGUGCCGCGGUGGUCUCACAUAAACCCGUUCAACUGAUUAUAGAUAUUCAGGCCUCUGGCGCUUCUAGUAAUGAGAUCGUUCCGGUAACUACCCGUGUUGCGGCCUUCCACGAGCCUGAUCUGGUGACUGCCAGUACAAGUGUUGUGGCCUCCAGCGAUGAGACCGUUCCGGUGACACCCGGGGCUGCGGCCUCCGACGAGCCUGUUCCGGUGACAACCAAUGCUGAGGCCUCCGACGACAAGCCCGAUCCGGUGACUAGAGCCUCAAAUUCCUUGCCGGGGCGGUGGCUCUCUUGCUUGUGCAGCUCGUUGGACAUCUUCAAGAACUGUUGUACAUCAUUAUACAGCAGGUUAGGUCAUGUGUUUGAGGCUGCCUGCUUUUACAGAGAUUGGUCAUAUCAAGUGGUUGGCAUCAAAAAAUGCCAGGAGAAUGCCUCCUUAUUCGAUAUGUUAGAUAUAUUUCUUAAUGCUAUCUCAAGAGUGAAAUUGAAGAACAGAAUACAGAAGAUAGAGAACAUCGUGAGUGAAGUGAAGAAGUCACCACUCUUGGGUGUGGCGAGCAACAACACACCAGAUGAUAUUGUCAACAAAAACAGGAGAAAACUUGGAGCAGCUAGCAAGCGGGUGGUAUUUGGUCGAGAGAUGCUGCGUGAUCAUCUCAUGGCAAGGCUGCGCGAGACACCACAUGGUGAUGAACCAAGCUCUAGUCCAUGUUACUCUGUGAUUGGCAUAUAUGGUAUUGCAGGGUCGGGGAAGACUACGUUUGCAGGAUACAUUCAAGAUUACAUAAAUGAGGAAUGCAAGGAGGAUAAACUUUUUGACACCAUCAUCUGCAUUCAUGUGUCUGAGACUUUUACUGUGGAGGUUAUAUUUCAAGAAAUGUUGAAGGAUAUUACCGCAAAUAGUCACUCCAAUAUUUCAGAUCAUGGGGUUCUAAACAAUAAGUUGAAGGAAGCAUUGCGCGGCAAACGUUUCUUCUUGAUAUUGGAUGAUCUCUGGGUGAAAAAUAAGAAUGACCAACAACUGGAGGAACUAAUCUCUCCACUCAAUGUUGGGUUGAAAGGAAGCAAAAUCCUGGUGACGGCUCGAACAAGAGAAGCAGCCGGAGCUCUGUGUCCAGAUGAACUUAUUGCAAUGCCUGAUUUGGCUGAGGAUCAAUACAUAAAGAUGUUUAUGCAUUAUGCUCUGGGAGGUAAAGGUGUUCCCGCUAAAGAAUUUGAACAAGUUGGGAUAGAGAUUGCCAAAAAGCUACACCGAUCACCUAUUGCAGCAGUAACAGUUGCAGGACGGCUUGGGGCAAACCCAAAUAUCAGUUUUUGGAAAAAUGUUGCAAAGCUUGAUAUGUCGAAUGACACCAUGGAUGCUCUUUGGUGGAGCUAUCAACAGCUUAAUCCCGACAUCAGGCGAUGCUUUGAAUUCUGCAAUAUUUUCCCCAGAAGAUUCAAAUUGAAAAAAGACAAGUUAGUCCACCUCUGGAUAGCACAAGGGUUUGUAAAUAUCAGUUCUGCAACAGAGGAGAUGGAAGAUGUAGCUGCGGGCUACAUUCAAGAGUUAGUGUCAAGCUCAUUUCUGCAACGAGAAGAAACAAGUUUUAAUAAUUAUUACUUUACAAUUCAUGAUCUGCUGCAUGAUUUAAUAAACAAGAUCGUUGGAACUGAUUGCUUCAGAAUCGAGAAUGAAAGGGGCCAUAGAAGAGAAGGCAGGACAGGAAAUGUCCCUCGAGAUGUCCGUCAUCUUUUCGUUGAGAAAUAUAAUGCAGAAUUGAUUACCAAGAAGAUCCUUGGACUGGAAAAUUUACGCACUCUCAUUAUUAAUGGUGUUGAAAGGGAUACACCAGUUGAAGAAAAUGUCAUUGAGGGUAUAUGCAUGAGGCUGCCGAAGUUGCGGGUACUGGCCAUUGGUUUCGACCAGAGAUUGUCAUUCAGCACUCCCGAUGAGAAGUUCUUGGUCCCAGAGUCCAUCAUUCAGUUAAAACACCUCCGCUAUCUAGCAUUCCUGAAAAGUUCCAGAUGCAAGGUUAUUUUGCCAAGCGCGCUAGGUAAACUACUCCAUAUCGAGCUGCUAGAUACUGGUGAGGACAACAAUAUAGAAUUUAACUCUGCUGACCUUAUCAACUUGCGGCACAUAUUGUGCCGGCACGUGAGCUGUCCUCACAUAGGCAGGUUGAGCUCACUUCAAACAAUACCAGCUCGCUUCAAAGUAAAGAAUGACGAGGGUUAUGAGAUAAAGCAGCUUAGGGACCUAAACAAGCUUCGUGGCGAGCUACAGAUCUCUGGCCUUGAAAAUGUUAAAAGCAAGGAGGAAACUCUUGAAGCCAAUCUAGCUGCCAAGAAAAGGCUCACGAAACUGACACUGCUCUUUUCUGGUCACUUAUCAGGCUGCACUGCAGAAGUUGCAGCAGAGGUACUUGAGGGGUUGUGCCCUCCCGUGGGUCUUGAAAAACUGUCUAUGGGGUACUACAGCGGGUCAAGGUACCCUGAUUGGAUGGUGGGUAGGCUGAACGGUGGCCCAAAGGACCUGCAAGCACUUAGUUUCUAUCGCUGCGGCCAACCCUCAGCUGGGACGCCUUCGCUUGAGGCUUUCCCUCAUCUUCGUAUCCUCAGGCUUUGGCAGUGCAGCUGGGACGCCUUACCAGGCAACAUGGAGCACCUCACUUCGCUCCAUACACUGAAGAUCCACGGAUGCACGAAUAUCCGGUCGCUUCCAACACUGCCCCAGUCUCUCAAGGAGUUCGAACUUUUUGUCUGCGAUGAUGAGCUGAUGAGGGGUUGCCAAAAAGAAGGAGACCCAAACUGGCAUAAGAUAAAGCAUAUCCCCGAGAAGGAUUUUGACCCACGCUUUGACGAUUUAAUCUCUGAAGAAGGCUCUUGUGAUGACUCUGAAGAAGGCCCUUGUGACGACUCUGAAGAAGGCCCUUCUCACGCGUCUGAAGCCUAGCUACAAUGUGAUUGUUGAUCCAAAACCGGAAUG